UGAGUGAGUGAGUGAGUGUAAGAACAUGAGGAGUUCACUGAAAUAUAAACCUUUUCACGUCCACUCAGGAGAACCAUGUCCUGGUCCACUCUGCUCUGCUCACUGAGCGCUCUGCUGUGUCUGAGGUUCAUGUCCAUGGCUCACAGCCACAGGGUGAAGCCAGAUACCUACCAUGUGACAGUCGGCCACCUCUUCCUGCUGAGUUGUCCCUUUGCCCCAAACGUGACGUGGAGCCGAGUGCGGAGGCCGGACGUGAGUCUGCCCAGAGGAGUGGAGGUCAGAGACGGCUUACUGGGCUUUCUGCCUGUACAGGCGUCACAUGACGGGACGUACACCUGCGAGAGAAGAGGCGAGGCUGGAUUAUUGGCGAUGAAGUUCAGGGUGUUGGUGUCCACUAGAGCUUGUCCUGAUCCACUGGAGAACAGAACCGCCCGUCGGGGAGUCAGUGAACUACUUCCCUGCAAACAAAGAGAGAUCUUCAGACUGAAAAAGACAACAAACGUACGAUGGAUGAAGGACUGUCGCCCCGUGAAGGUCAUCUACACGGAUGAGAAUGGCAACGCGCGGCUUCCCCCGCUCACUAAUAAGGAUUCUGGGAAAUAUACCUGCCUAGUGGAUGUCAGCGUGGACGGCAGGACGUACACUGCCGCGCGAAGCUUCCAUCUAACUGUAAACAAUGAUACAAUUCUUUCAGUGCCGGUGCUUGUGAACCCUCAAGAGAAAGUCGUGGUCCAAGUGGGUAAGAGCGUCGAGCUAAAGUGUAAAGCCUUAAUCGGCUUCAGUGAGGUCCAGCGAAUUCUCAUGUACUGGACUGUGGAUGGGAAAUUAAUUGAUGACUACAAGGAGCUCAGUGAGUCCUGGAAAUAUUCUCAAGAAGGAGGCCGGGUGUUCAACGAGUCCACGCUGUCCAUCCCUAAAGUCCUUCCUUUGUUCCUGAAAGUCCCCAUUGUUUGCCACAUAAUGAGUUCAACCUGCAACAAAAAUGUCUCAAUGCUGCUCCAAGAAGGUGACCACACUGUCUUCUACAUCAGUGUUGCUUUCUGCCUCACUACUUUCCUCGCCUUGCUGACCUUUGCUGCGGUCAAUCUCUUCAAAGUCAAUGUCGUAUUGGCCUACAGGAAACUGCGUCGACAUUUCUCUGAACCGGCGCCAGAUGGGAAGCUCUACGACGGCUACGUGAGCUUCCUUCAUCUCGACACCCUGAGUUCUGCUGAGGCGGCAAACUUUGCUCUGCAGAUCUUACCUGAGGAGCUGGAGGCCAAACAUGGCUACUCCCUGUACAUCAGAGGACGGGACGACUGCCCCGGUGAAGCCUUUCACGAUGCCGUUGCCGCGACAAUACGCCAGUGCCGCAGACUGAUAAUCGUACUCUCGCAAUCCUCCACUGGUGGGAGCACAGCGGAGACAUCACCCUUACGCCACGACCAAAACCGGCAGAUCUACGAACAGAAAAUCGGCAUUUACGACGCUCUCACGCAGAACGACCUCCGAGUGAUUCUGGUGGAAAUUGAUGGCGCGGGGGAUUACAGCCGCCUGCCAGAGUCUCUUCGUUACAUUAAGAGGAAACAAGGAGCUUUGAAGUGGACGAAAGACUUUCUUGGCACCAACAAACUCACCAAAUUGUACUCCAGCAGAAGGUUCUGGAAUAAUCUGAGGUACCAGAUGCCCUCAGUGCCUGCAGGAAGAAACCAUCCACAACAGACAGUGUUAGUGAAAACUUCCUGUGUGACAUCUGAAUGAUGCAGCUGCUGACGUGAGACUGCAAACAGUCAGUGAUUAUUUCCUAUGAAGACACAUGAUUCCCACCUGUGUGCAAUUAGUUGGGAAAGACAUUUGCUGGAUGAACACAUACUGCACUGUUUGCAUCACAUCGAGUGAUGUGAUGUUGGAGCAAUUUUAAUGCUUUAUGUUAAUUCUCUUUUGCAAACUAUUGGUAGUUUGCCAACAAGUGAAAACCUGAGACUUUUCUAGUACAAGUUGUUGAGAUUGCAACCAGCGUUGUGUCUGUUUGUUAAAAUAUCGAGCUAAAGAUUUAGUUCGGCUGAUUUGACUUAUUUUAAAUGCUAGAAACCAGGUUGUACAUCAGUAAAUGGGUAAGUACUUUGAUAAAAACACAAAUAAACUGGUUGUCUUUAAAAUGAACAACCAAUUUUUCGCUUUGGAAUAACUGUCAUUUUCAUUUUGCUGCAUCAAACGACUGGAACUUAUUACAAAAAAACACUGAAACUGGAUGCUUUUAUCUCUGCCUUUAAACGCUGACUAAAGGCAACUCUUAAUGACGCUUGUAAAUGUUUUACCACAAUUUGACACCGUUUUGAAGUUUCUACAGACUUCCUUGACGUGUGUGUUACUAUUUUAAUGCGUUUGUUUUGUCCCUCCUCCACCCUCACCCCUACAAACGUGUAUAAUGAGAACUUGUUUGUAAUGUUUUGCGUGGACGAGGACAGACUUGACAGAAAUGAAUUAGUGCACCUUGUAUUAUUCACAAAUACAUGUAAAAUCAGUUUGAUAGGUCUUCACACGUACCAGAACUAAGCUAAAACAAGCUAGUUCACCUAUAAAGAUAUUAAUACUGAUAUUUUUACUACCUGGAACAGCAAUUUCAGGUAAAUGGUUUAUAGGCUACUUGAAAGAAGUUCACUGAGAUAAUGUUACAGCCGCUGUCCCAAAUCAAAUCAACUUUUUUUUAGCUAACGUCCUUCCUGUUAGCACUGUUAGCAUUCGUCACAGCAUGUAUGGUGUGUUCAAUAUACGUCAGGAGUUCGAACAAGGGAGCAACGUAACCUCAGAGUUCACUACGUUCCAGUUGAGAAAUCAGGAAAAAAAAACACGAAUGCUAGCCGUGGUUAGCAUCACCGUGGACAGAUAGAAAUUCAACAGAACUAUGCUUACGACUGACUCCAUGUGAAAUGAAUGAGACAGAAAUGCAAUCAACAGUGAAAGUAGCAGAGUUCUUUUUGUUGUUGUUGGCAGCCAUUUUGGAAUCCUAAAUCGAGGAUUAGGUUGCGAGGACUUUGACCAGAGGUGGAAAGAGUACUGAAAAUAUUCUACUCAAGUACAAGUACCACAUUUUACUUAAGUACAAGUAAAUGUACUGGACUAAAAGAAAAUUAGAACAAACAAACCUCAUACAAAACCGAGUCGAGCCGAGUAGAGCUAGAACUGUAUCAUGGAAAAGCCCCGUUAUUUAACACCUUUUAACAAAACCAUUACACAAACACCAGCUUUAACACAAAUAAGGUCUCAGUCACUCCUUCAUAGCAUUUAUGAUGAUUGUUUUGGCAUUUUGUGCUUUCUAAUCUCUCGGGUUUAAUCCUGUGGUCAUUUUCAUAUCCUUUGAAGUCAUGUGAUCUAAUCUUUUCAGUGUGGGUUGCAGAACAUAACAUUUUGCAAAGUUAGUUUUGAUAUAUAUAUUUUUUUUAUUUUUUGGUGGGGAUUUCCAUGAUCACUUUAUCAAAGGUUCUUUUUUGUCUUAUUUUAGGACAGUUGGUUAUAAAACAUGACACAAAUAAGGGAGGUUUAAACUUUCUCUUUGGGUUUAUAUGUAAAAAUCUUCAAUGUUGUGAAUAUAAGCACUGAAAAAAAAAAACAUUUCCUGUUCAGCCUUACAGAGAGAGAGGAUUUUAUCUUACCAUAUUUUUUUUCUCUCAUAAAACUUCAAAUGUCCUCCUGUACCUGUUCAACAACAUUUUUAACAUUUGCCACAUAAGUGUGAGCGUUACCUGCUUAUAGUAUUGCCAUCGAAUCAAUCUGAAUUUGUUCGAUGGCACUGAACCAUGUUACAUUCAAAUUAACGCCUAAUCCAUAAUCUGGAUCAGAUCUGGAUGAAAGUUAUACUGAGUGUCUGAUCCUGCAAAGUACCACAUUUUAUUCAAAUCAAGUUUUUGUGAUGCCAUGAGUGGGUAGACUCUUACCAAAACGUACAUGGGUGAUCACAAAAAAGUCCGAUUGAAGCGUCAAAAACUGUGGACAGGAGACGCUUCCAGGUGGACAAACUUACAGAUGAACCCACGGCGAUGAAAACAAAAAGAAUUCUGAUGUAAACUUAGAUUAUGCAGCUAUAUGAAAAAAAAGGCUUUAGGAUUGUCAGAAAAUUGCAUUUCCUCCUCAUGGAGAAGAUAAGACUCUGAGGAAAUUCCAUUUCUGAGAAAGCUCUGAUAGAGGAACAUCCAGCGCAUCACUGUUGUUGGUUUUUAACGGACUGGAAAGUUGCCGUUUUAUUGACAGAAUAUGUCCACCCAUGUUUUGGGACUCUGGGAUCACCAGGUCAAGAUUCAAUACCCUGCUAU